CACCGUUCGGAUAAUCGUCGCCGUGAUGGACAUUGCCGCCGUGAUCAUCCUACUAGACAGGCAGAGCGCUGAGCGUUUCGGAAAUAUCCGCCCGUUCCCCCUCAAGCGAUGCCGCUUGCCGCUCUAGACUUCGCGGUCGCGGCUGCUGGCUGCUUGAGCCUUGCAGGCGCGCAGUUGGUUGUGCCCGGCCUGAACGGGCUCAUUCCGAAAUUGCUGCCAGAGCUUGAGUCACGAGGUGCUCCUGUCCUCGAUGUCGUUCAGGAGCCUGGCUCCAGCGGCUUCGUAUUCUUGCAGCGUUACCCCCUCGAGGGCGCCGAGGUGUUGUACCACACAGAGGUGCUCGUGUGCGAUCGGAGCGGGUUUUCCGUGGCGGACCAGGGCUUCCUCGACGAGACCAUCGCCGGGAUGCGGCACUUCGCCCCGCUGAACGAGAGUUGGUGGGAGGGGAAGACAGCACAGUGCACGGAGCUAGGUUACGGGGGCGCUUCCUGCUCCUCCCAGUGCUGCGGCGUCGGCCACGCGGCCAUGCCACUGAACAAGCGCCAGGCAGUCAUCGGCAACGCCGACCUCACGAAGAAGGCCCUGUUCGUCUACGGCAGCGCCGCGUUCGAUGGAGAGGCAGCUUUCCGGCACGCCUGUGGGCACAAGUGUUGGUCCAACUGGGCCGGGACAGACUACAAUCCGCUCAGCAACAAUUGCAACACCUUCACCUCGACGGUGCUCUCGUGCGUCUACGGCCUGAGCCAGAAGAAGCCCCACCUCGGCGUGAGCGACCUCGUCACGGUGCACUGCAGCUGCUCGGGCGGCAGAGUCGCUGCCGUGGAGCACCGCGGCCUGCUCGUGUAGGGAGCAGCGGCCGCCGCGCCGCCCGAGGCGAAGGCCUCUGGGCACCUCUCGGCGCGGGACCGGGUGGGGGGGAGCGCCAACACGAGUUUGGGCGCGUGGAUGCGCGUCGGGCCCCGUGUACAUGCGAGCUCGACGCUCCGCGUCUUCCAGAUCGGGCGGUAUUCGCUGCAUCUCAGCUGCCCUGACACGCCCGUGUUGAAACGCAACACGUGCCGUGCUCAGCACGUCCGUGCCAACACGCUGCGUGCUGGCCGGGCACGUGCUGGUCCACGUGCUGGCGAACGCAAUCGCGUCUGGCCUGCGGCUCCAGUCUGCGUGUUGAUCUCCGCUUCAGCACGCUGCAUGUUGCACGCCGUGUACCGGGGCAGCCGAGAGGUACUUCCUCGGGGCUUCUCCAGCUCAGAGCCCCCGGCCGCCUUCAACACUCGGGGCAAGGAGUGCCACAGGGAUCGGCAGGCGGAGGCCAGUCGGACGCGGCACCGCAGCAGUCUGCGCGCCAUCUCGCUCCGAAGGCCCCAGGCCCCGAGGGCCAAGGCGGGUGUGGUCUUGCUCCGGCCGCCGCUCGACUCGGCGAAGGGAGGCCCAGGCCCGAGUCGAGAGGGAGCAGGUCCGGGACGAGAAGGGAGGAGAGCGGUAGUGUGACAGUUCUGCUUGCUGCAGCGUCUGGCGUACCGCUCUCGGACCACCAGACCAGCACAGACACCGAGGAGACAUAACGCUUUGCGCUGA